UAAAACAUCUUUAAAAACACAGGCUUUAAAAUACAAACGUAAGACCAUGGAGGGCUGCAGGAAUAUUCUCAGUGAAUGUGUGCAGCUUUUUUUCCACAUAUGUCAGCUCUGAUCCAAGCCACACCUGCUGCUAACCAUGACUUACCAGAGGGGGAGAGAGAGGCAGAGAGAGGCAGAGGGAGGCAGCAGAGUGCACUGUGUUUUCUGGCUGUACUCUCACAGGCUGAGCAGACGCUCAGGCGAAUGGUCGCUGUGUCGUGUCGCUGCUUCCUUUUUCCUUUUUUCUCGGUGCCUGUUGUUUGCUGCCGUUCUCCUCUGCUCUCAUUGAUGGAGCUCGGGCUUUUCCUUCUGUCAUCAUAAAGCAGCAAUGUGAUGAAUGGAGCUCUGUGGGAGAGAAAGUCCUCUGCGCUUUACCAGAGCUUCAACCAAUUAAUGCUCCACACAGAGCUGGAAAUCCAUUGAAGGAGGCAUUGGCUUUGCUGUGAAGCAAGUGGGAUUUUUCCUCGAUCAUUUUUUUUGUCUCGGACGUAAAAAGCUCCUGGUUUCUGGCGUCUUCCUGAUGAGAUCUUCAGUGGAUGUUGUGGAGCUCUGCUCCCAGCCCUGCUGACAGCCAGCUUUCUGACAUUCACACGUCAAUUCACUCAAGUGCAAGGAUGCAGGUGGAAGCCUCAUGUGUCUUUUGAACUAGUAUCACUGUCAGAUUGACAGAAGAACAUCAGGAUAUAUAGAAGUCAAAGACAAGUGACUCGUAGAAGGAUUUCCCUCUUAGACUGACAGGGAGGGGAGAUUGUGGUCAUCAGGCAGCUGGGAAGAAGAUGCCAGCCAUCCUGGUGGCCACAAACAUGAAGUCAGGACUCCCCAAACCCAAACCGGUGCACAGUGCUCUGCCGAUUCCACAGACUCCAACCAGGCCGUCUGCUCUAGCUCUGCCUCCAGCAGCGUUAAAGUCUCACGGCCAGCAGGUGGUUCCAAGAUCAGCAAGAAGUAAGGUUCCAGGUUCAGAGGCUGGAGUCAACACACAGAUCUACACGGACUGGGCCAACCAUUACCUCGCCAAGUCGGGACACAAGCGUCUGAUCAAGGAUCUGCAAACGGACGUCACCGAUGGGGUGCUGCUGGCUGAGAUUAUACAAGUCGUUGCCAAUGAGAAGAUCGAUGAUAUCAAUGGCUGCCCCAAGAGCCGUUCUCAGAUGAUUGAGAACAUUGAUGUUUGCCUCAGUUUCCUGGCAGCCAAAGGAGUCAAUAUCCAGGGUCUGUCUGCUGAAGAGAUCCGGAAUGGUAAUCUGAAAGCCAUCUUAGGCCUCUUCUUUAGUUUGUCUCGCUACAAACAGCAGCAGCAGCACGCACAGCGUCAGCCCUCACUUCCAUCCAACGCCCAGUCCAAGAGCUCACAUCCUCCUCUGAGCCAGCAGUGCAGUGCCCCGGCUCAGCUCAGCCACUCUCCGCAUGGGACUCCUGUCCUCACAGGCCAAAAAGCUGCACAGAGCGAGAUGCAGUCCAGGGAUGGAUCUCAGAAUAAACUACUCAAGUUUUCCCUUGGUCAGAAAAAAACCUCUAGACUUCCUGGCCCAACCUCGAGGGUGUCCACUGCCGGCAGUGACAUUCCUCCCAGAGGUCAGGUCAGUUCUUCUGGUAACAGACGCAGCCAGGGCUUCAGCGACAAGACCAAAGGCAACUUCCCCCUGAGCAAAGAUUCGCCAGAGGGCAUGACCUCACAACAUUCGGUAAUGACUGAUCAUGCUCUGUCAUCUGUGGUGACCUCCACCUCCUCCACCAGCAUCUCCGCUGCUACCUCUGCCCAGAAUCCUCCCUCAUCUUCCUCCUCCUCUUCAUCCACCUCUUGCACAGCCAUUCCACAGCCAAACGGCAACAGCAAGCCGUGGCGGAGCAAGUCCAUGAGCUCCAAACAAGCCUCAGCAGCUUCGACUUCAUCCACCAGCGGCCCGGCCCCGGCCAUGCAGCCCAUCAAGCAGGAGAGAGAAAACUCCAGUAAAGCUGCAGCAGCUGAAGCUCCUCCUAAGGCUGUCCCUCCGAAAUCAAUGCUGGAGAAGCUAAAGCUCUUCAACAGUAAAGGUGCCUCAAAAUCCUCCGCCACUGGAGCCGGACCCCAGACUGAGAACCCUGCACCAGCCAGGCAGGUUGGAGUGGGGCAGGUGGAGAAGGUGGAGACUGCCUCCAACACAGACUGCCUGGAAGAUGACGAUGGUAACGUCAGACCAGGAAUGAAUGGGACCAGUAAUGGAGCGACACCUACAGCAGGUACUGCAGUUCCCACCACUGCCAGCAGUCCCAAAAUUGCCCUGAGGGGCAUUGCCCAGCGCACUUUCAGCAGAGCGUUGACUGCCAAGAAGAGCUCUGUCAAAGGCCAAGAAAAAGACAAAGACAAGGGCAAGGAGAAGGAGAAAGAGAAGGAGAAGGAGAAGGGGAAGGAAGUUGGGAAACGUACCUCAGUUCCUGACAGGACAGAGCUGAGGGUGGAGGACUCGAAGGAGGAAACAUCACCAACUUCUGUAGACUCGGACAGCUCCAUCAAGAAGGCCUCAAAAAUUACCAGCUUUAUUCCUAAGGGAAGUAAAGCGGCCAAAAAGGAGAAUUCCACUCCGGCCCAGAGCGGAAUACCAAAGCCUGGAAGCAAAGCCCCAGGAGCCGGGAGUAAGACUUCCUCUGUGAAGGAGGCGGGGGAAAGGCCUCGGAGCAUGAGGUUAGGAGGAGGCCUGGUCAUGCACCGCAGCCCCCUGGACAGGGACAGGGACAGGGACAGCAGACACUCCAGCUCCACUUCCAGCCUGGCCUCCACUGAGGGCAACAAGGUCAACGCUGCCCCUGCAGGAGGAAGCACAACACAGAGCACAGCCAGCAACACAGUCAGUGUGCAGCUACCUCAGACUCAACAGCACCACAGUCACCCCAACAUGGCCACCGUGGCACCUUUCAUGUACAGGUCACAAACGGAGAGUGAGGGGAUUAUGAACAUUGAGAGCAGCUCAGGGGGAAGAGGUGGAGACGUUUCCUACAACAAGACCAGCCAGCCUUCAAUCGAGGACCUUUCAGGUGAAGACCCGGAGACGAGGCGUUUGAGAACAGUGAAAAACAUCGCAGAUCUGCGGCAAAACCUGGAGGAGACCAUGUCGAGCCUGCGAGGGACUCAGGUCACACACAGCACCCUGGAGACCACAUUUGACAGCAGCAUCACAACUGACAUCAGCAAUAAUGGCAGCGGUGGAGGUGCUGGCAGCAACAACAACAACGCGGGAAGAAGCAUCCUCAGCAUCACUUCCUCCCGUCCGUCACUGUCGUCGUGGCGACUCGGCCACUCCAGCCCUCGUCUGCAGGCGGGUGACGCUCCGUCCUUGGGGAAUGGCUACAGUGGGCGGGGCGUGGGCAGCCAGCCGGGACGUUACCUGUACCCUGGGCACCUUCGACGACAGCUGGCCGGCAGAGGUGGAGCUCUGGACCUUGGAGAGAGGGGUGGAGAGGACAUUGACCUGGAGGGCAUUGCCAUGGAGGUCACCGGGUACAUGAGUGAUGGAGAUGUGUUGAGCAAGAACGCUGCACGUACUGAUGAUGUCACUAGCGGAUACAUGACGGAUGGCAGUCUGGGUCUGUACACCCGGCGUCUGAAUCGCCUCCCUGACGGCAUGACUGCUGUGAAAGAGACACUUCAUCGAAACGCAUCAGCUGUUCAGGGUGACGCUGACAGCUGGGAUGACAGCAGCUCUGUGAGCAGUGGCAUCAGUGACAACAUUGACACGGAUGACAUCAACACCAGCUCCUCCAUCUCCUCCUAUGCUAACACGCCUGCAGCACAGCGCAAGGGUCUCAGCACGCAGCCGGUAACAGAUGCAGAGAAGCACUCGGCCUCCACUGUGCUGAACCAGGCCUGGUCAGGAGAGGAGGUGAAGAGGCCAGACUGUGGGUCAGACAGCGGGGUCAGGAUGGAGCCAGGUUCCAAAUGGAGUCGACGGAACCCUUCUGACAUUUCUGAUGAGUCUGACAAGGGCGGCUCAGGAAGGAAGACCCCCUCUGUGACUCACACAGGCUCCUGGAGGAGAGGCAUGAGCGCCCAAGUGGGCGUGACAUCACCAAGGACUAAAAGCACAAGUAGCACGGGCUCAACGGGCUCCAUCAACAUCAAGAACAACAAUUCAGCUAAGACGGAUGAUGUCAAGGUGUCAGAAAAAGGAUGUGUCUCUUCUCGUACGAAUGGUCUUCACCACUCAUCUUCAGAGGCGGGACGCAGCAGUGGUGAAGAGAUGAAGAAACAUUCCUCCUCCAACAGCCACACAUGCACACCAAAUCCCCUCACUCACACCGUCUCCGACUCACACGCUCCCAUGCACACAUUGGCCUCCAGGACCCCGACCAGCACCUUCGGCUUCAAAAAGCAGGGACCAGGGAUGGUGACGCUGGUCACAGCCAGCGGUGCCACCAUCACCAGUGGUUCAGCCACGCUGGGGAAGAUUCCCAAAUCAGGGGCACGUUCUUUGGCAGGAGGCCUCAAGGCUGGUGGACAUGAUGGAGUUUCAGUCCUUGGUCACCACGACGACAACUUCCUUCCUAUGAGUGCUCGCUCCACGCUGCAGUACCGCAGCUUGCCCAGACCCAGCCGCUCAGGAGCUGCUGCCCGCACGGGGACCCGCUCUUCAACCAGCAGCAUCGAGGCGGCUGUACUCUCAGUCACAACGCACGGUAAAAACACCAUGGGCUUUGCCAAAGCCAGCGGCACAGGAGGACUGCUGGCCAAUCAGACGGACCGAGAGAAAGGUGUGUCUGAGAUCGACAACCUGAGAAAUGGAGUAGCGAUGCAGAGCGGAGGAGCGGCGACUGUUCCCAUGACAGGCAGACAGCAGGUUUCCUCACCUACAUUACGCAGGUUGUUUGGUGGAAAGUCCAGUAAACAGGCUCCAGUCACCACUGCUGAAAAUAUGAAAAACUCCACUGUCAUUUCCAACCCCCAUGCGACCAUGAACCAUGUGGCCACAGUACCAGAGUCCCCUGAUGUUGGUUCCCUGGACAGUGAGACCAACAGCCCUCUGUUUGGAGGCAGAUUGUUGGGGUCAGGGACAGGGACACUGGGCAGCGAGCAGGCCUCCAGCCCAGGCUCGGUCUACUCCUCCACCGGCCCCUCCAACAGCCUGACGUGGGGCACCACCUACAGCAGCUCUUCUGCCCAGAGCAGAGAGAGUACACUGGGUGGGCACUGUGGGACUGGAAGCAUGGGUUACCCCUCCGUCAGCAGCAUGCACACCAGCAGCGAGUCCAUCGACAUGAGUCUCGGCAGUGCCGGAGGAGGAGGUGUCGUCGGAGGCGAUGGCAACCACAGAGAGGACACGCUGUCUGCGCUGGGACGCACAGGCAGUGUGAAGACUGGGAUGUCUGAGAGUCCUCUCUCCUCCCCCUCUGCUAGCCCUAUAUUCAGCCGAAACACGCUGCCUCGGAGGCAGGACAGUGGGCCACAUUGUGGCAGAAACACUCUGCCUAAAAAGGGACUCAGGUAUGGUCCAUCCCCACAGCUGCGAGGGCAUGAAGAGGCCCGUGAUUGGCUGCGUUCCCACUCCACUAGUGGACUGCAGGAUUCAGCCAGUAACUCCCCGUUCUCCCCCGGCUCCAGUCUUACCUCCCCAUCUGGCACUCGCUUUAACUUUGGACAGCUUGCCUCUAGCCCAACAUCGGCAGCUCAGAUCAACCUGACCGGUCUGCGAAACAACAGCCUGACCAAUCAGGACGUGACCUAUGACCCCACUGGUGACAAUAGGUUGAGGAACUCAUGCAUGUCACUUGACGAAAAGACUCGCACCAUGAGCCGAUCAGGCUCCUUCAGGGACGGCUUCGAGGAAGUUCAUGGAUCCUCUUUGUCUCUGGUCUCCAGCACGUCCUCCAUCUACUCAACGAACGAGGAGAAGUCUCAGUCGGAGAUACGGAAGCUGCGCCGGGAGCUAGAUGCCUCACAGGAAAAGGUUUCCGCCCUGACGACACAGUUGAGCGCCAACGCUCACCUGGUGGCAGCAUUUGAACAAAGUCUGGGCAACAUGACCAUCAGACUGAAGAAUCUCACCCUGACUGCAGAGCAGAAAGACUCUGAGCUGAACGAGUUGAGGAAGACCAUCGAGUUGCUGAAGAAGCAGAAUGCUGUUGCUCAGGCUGCCAUUAAUGGAGUCAUCAACACGCCUGAACUGGCUUCUAAAGGAGACAAGACAGCUAAAAACAAUGGCAGUCCCCAGCAACAGCAUCAGCAGCAGCAUCAGCAGCAUCAGCAACAGCAGCCGGACCUGCGCAUCAGGAGACAGCACUCCUCCGAUAGUGUCAGCAGCAUUGCCAGUGCAACCAGCCAUUCCAGUGUGGGCUCUAACAUGGACGCUGAUGCAAAAAACAAGAAGAAGAACAAGAAGAACUGGUUGCGAAGCUCCUUCAAACAAGCGUUCAGCAAGAAGAAAUCUCCAAAGUCUGCUUCCUCUCACUCUGACAUCGAAGAGAUGACCGACUCCUCUCUGCCAUCCUCCCCAAAGCUCCCCCACAACGGCACCACAGGCCCCGGCCACAUGCUCAGGAAUACACACUCCAACCAGCUAUUAUCAGAGUGUCUGGACAGCGAGGCAGAGACGGUGAUGCAGCUGCGGAGCGAGCUCAGGGAGAAGGAGAUGAAGCUGACUGACAUCCGUCUGGAGGCUCUCAGCUCUGCCCAUCAGCUGGAUCAGCUCAGGGAGGCCAUGAACCGUAUGCAGGUGGAGAUUGAGAAACUUAAGGCAGAAAAUGACCGUCUGAAGCUGGAGAACCAGGGAAGCAGGACAGGCUCCCAGGUCUCCAUCUCAUCUUCUCCCCCUCCUCACACAACUGGCCAGAUCCCAGGACCUGGCCUUUCUCAGCACAGUCUGAACCUCUCCACCAGCGAGUCCACCAGCCUGGACAUGCUGCUAGAUGACACCGGUGGAGAAGGAGGGAUGAGGAAGGAGGGGAGACAUGUGAAGAUAGUUGUCAGUCUGGAAGAGGACAGCAAGUGGACAGAGGAGAGACGGCUGCGCAAUUUUUUGAUUGGUUGCAUCGGCGUUAGUGGUAAAACCAAGUGGGAUGUUCUGGAUGGAGUGGUUCGACGCCUGUUUAAGGAGUACAUCACCCACGUGGACCCAGUGACCCAGCUGGGCCUGAGCUCUGACAGUGUGGAAGGGUAUAAUAUCGGAGAGAUCCACCGCCCGAGCAGCCUCACCGCUGCAGACACACCAGAGCUGCUGCCCUGUGGCUACCUGGUGGGAGACAGCAACACCAUCAGCAUCCAGCUUAAAGGUGUAACCAGCGGGAAUGUGGACUCUCUGGUCUUUGACACUCUGAUUCCAAAGCCAAUGCUGCAACGCUAUAUCUCCCUGCUGAAGGAGCACAGGAGAGUCAUCCUGUCAGGUCCCAGCGGCACCGGGAAGACCUACCUGGCCAAUCAGCUGUCCAGACACCUGCUGCUGCUGGAGGGCCGACCUCUAACUCCGCACUCUAUUGUCACUUUUAACGUGGACCAUAAGUCCAGCAAAGAGUUGCGUCAGUAUUUGUCUGGUUUGGCUGAGCAGUGCAGCAGUAUGUCCGGAGUGGGGAGCCCUCUAGUGGUCAUUCUGGAUAACUUGCAUCACGUCAGCUCACUCGGAGAGAUUUUCAACGGCCUUUUUAACUGUAGUUACCAACACAGUCCCUACAUCAUUGGCACCAUGAGCCAGGCAACAUCAUCUUCCCCCAACCUGCAGCUCCACCACAACUUCAGGUGGGUACUGUGUGCCAACCACACGGAGCCAGUGAAGGGUUUCCUUGGGCGCUACCUGAGGAGGAAGCUGAUUGAGACAGAGAUUGGCAGUCGGACGAGGAAUGUGGAGCUGGUGAAGAUCAUUGACUGGAUACCACGGGUUUGGCACCACCUCAACCGCUUCCUGGAGGCACACAGUUCCUCUGACGUCACCAUCGGACCUCGCCUCUUUCUGUCGUGCCCUAUGGAUGUGGAGGGCUCCAGGGUUUGGUUCACUGACCUCUGGAACUACUCCAUCAUUCCCUACAUGUUAGAGGCUGUACGAGAGGGACUGCAGCUGUAUGGUCGCAGAGCUGUGUGGGAGGACCCAGCUGCCUGGGUGAUUGACACCUACCCCUGGUCGGCUACACAUGCUCCCUCAGACUGGCCACCACUGCUGCAGCUCCGCCCAGAGGAUGUCGGCUUUGACGGCUACUCUGCCCCAAGAGAAGGAGUCAGAAAAGAGCUGCCACAGAGUGACAGUGAUGCAGACCCACUGAUGAACAUGUUGAUGCGUCUAAAGGAAGCAGCGACAUCUUCCAGCCCACAGAGCUACGACAGUGAUUCCAACAGCAACAGCCACCAGGACGACAUCCUGGAUUCAUCACUGGAAUCCACCUUGUGAUGAUAUUUUGUCGUCCUUUUUUCAGGAGUAACUUUUUAAAAUAUUCUUACUGUGCGGACAAGUUGCCAGGAGCAUAGUUUUAAUGCUACAAAAAUACAGCCACCUUAAUUUGGGUGCGGGUAACCCAAAUAUAGAAGAAGAAGUACAAAAUUGCAUUUCAGAAAAAAAACAGGCAACAAAAGUUUCUACUGUACUGUUUUGUUUUCACCUCUGUGGCCCAUGGCUCCUGUUGGGAGCCUGAUAUCUUCAGACAGACUGAAAAAAAAAGGACACAGCCCCCCUUGUCGCCCUGUCAUCAUCAUUACCCUCGUCAUCCAACCAUUUUAAAUACAUCAACACCAGCCUGGAUUCUUCCACCUUUCACUGACCUGCAGCAUCGACACCUGGUCCUGCUCAACUGCAAGUGUCAGCUUUGCCUGCAGAUGGCGAUACAGGCCAUUAAAUCUGUGGAGUGUUAGCGCUGCUGAGCAAACGUUCACUAAGAGCACUGACAAGGACGCUGCCUGCUGAAGGGAUGGGGGGAUGAACGUGUUACGCCCUCUUCUACGUCUUCUCUUAAGCACAAACUGCGUGUUUUAAUGUGACACGACAAGUUGAGCUAAAGUGAACAUUUAAUCUGAAAGGAAACUCCUCCAAACGCUAUCAGUACAGUAUUAUCGCUACAAAAUUAUUAAGAGAGCACAUGUAAAUUAAAAGCACACUUUCCAACAGUCACAUUUGGAGUUUUUUAUUUGGGCAAAAAAGUAUAUGUGCAUUUUAAAGGCUUCAAACAACUCCCUGAACAACAAAACUCCAGAGAGAUGGAGUCCCACAGUCCUGUUGUUGCUUAGUUGUUUACAGUCCAAAAUCAAGGUUUCAGAGUUUACUAUUCAGUCUCAUAGAAACUUACAAAUACUAGCGGCAAUGGUUGUAUCAGGCAGGCCAUCUGCUGUGAAAACUUCUACAAAUGACUAUACUGAAUACUAAACAGAAACAAACUACAUCAGGUGCAGCUUUUCUCUCUGUAAAUGAACAUGAUCACCAAUUCUUUCACUACACCCAACAUUAACUCUUACAUGAUGUGCUUCAGUACUUCUACAGUACCAGGAGUUCAGUUAGGAGGAGGUACUUUAACAUUCACUGCAUCUUGAUUUGUCCCUGUAUCUCUGAGAGUAUUUGAGACGAUGUCACGUUUGUGUUGUACCUUUCUGUGCGGUGUCUCAUCAUCACUGUUGUUCCUUUGCUUUAACCCCUGUAUGAUCCUGUGAUUAGCCUGUUUGGUUACAACAGUGUGUUGUAGCACAAGUAUCUUUUGGUGCUGGACUGAAUUCUUACAAAUAAUGCCUUACAUUUUUCUACGUUCAGAUGAUGUGCAUUAACAGAGCCUUUAUCUGUCGGUCUGAGUGGCUGAACAUUAGACAGGGCUCCAGGUCAACUGGCUGUUUGGGAGCAGCCGUGACCUCUCAUAGUAAACACCAACGCCAUGGGAAUGAAGACAUGUGAAUAAGAAGCAGUACUGUGGGUUCCAAGGUUAUUUGUUGGCAUGUAUGUGUGACUCAUUGCUGAGAAGCUGGUGUAAAUAUUUGGACCAUGAGCAGCUGACAAAAUAGAUGUGUUUUUGGUGCUUGAAAUCAGAAUUUAAGCAGGUUGAUUGGGUGAGGGACGUUUUCUUUUAAAUUGUUUUAUACCUCAGCCCCAUCCUUUAACUAUGCUUUUGUCACACUCAAUGUCUGUUUUGAUUAUGUGAUGAAAAAGAAAGUCUAAGUGAAAUUUGGUGUAUAUGCUGCUUUGUUCAUAUAGUGAUAUAAUUAAUCAAAAAUUAAAAGUAUAUACUUGUGGUUGAAUGAAAUUGUAUAAUUGUUGGAGACAUUUCUAUGGUUAAAAUGAAAGAAAGAUAUUCUACUUUUUCUUUGUUUUAAACCUCCAAGCCUGCCUUCCCAAAGGUUAGGCAGACGUUUGAAUCCAGGGGUCAUCGAGCUCACAGCAGCUUCCACCACUUUCAGUGUUUUUUUUUCUUCUUGUCAGCGAUGCUAUGCAACAUUCAUUGUGAUUUCCUGAGAUGGAAGCCCGGAGCUCAGUGUGCAUUUGUCCCCCUCGAGCAGAGAUUGGCUCUGCUCAGACAUACGGCAUGGAGGCAAAUUUGUAAAGGCUUUUUUUUUUCUUUGGGAUUUGUAGCAAAUGUUCUUUAUCCGUGUGUAUGUCGGUGUGACUCACAGACGCUUUCCUGCUGUAAGCACAAAGAGGUUGACUCUGUCUGUGCUGUGAAAAGCCUGCUCCCCAGCACAAAAGUGUGGAUUUUGCUGGAGCAUUUGACCAGUUUGUCUGUUUAUAGUUCAUAAACCCAAUGAAUGUUCAGCCUUCUUUGCUUUGUACAUUUUUAUAUGUAAGAUAAGUGUAAAUAGUUGGUUAUCCCACAGCAUUUUGAUGACUUUUUUCUAGCUGAUUUGUUACAGUACUUGAAAAGGAGUAUUUUAUGUACAGUCUCUUUACACCAGAGCAGACUGAUGCGGUUUGUAUCACUGGUCUGUGCAGGGCUCCAAGAUUCAAAUCUGAUAUCACUGUACUAGUCUUAAGUUAUUGUGAUUCAAUAAAAUCUAUUAUUAUUUA